UGCAAAUAUUUUUAUUUUUCUUAUCUUAGGGCUGUUGCACAGUCCCGCCCUCAGCUCCUCCUAAAUUGCGUACUUGUUUGGCGUGUCCAAAUUGAGCCAUAUGAGGUGAAUCCAUCCCAGAAAACCUUGCCCCGGGGGCCCCCUCAGGUAGAGCGAUGGCGAAGUCUCCCCUUCUCCGUAGUUAGGUCCCUCCCACAGCCCAUCACAGGUUCGAUUCUAGUUCUGGAUCCAAAGAAGGGCUAUCCUUCCGUUGGUUCCCUCCUCCCACCCCAGCUUUCCCCCCUUUCCUUUGUUAGUGUCAGCUAAAACUCGGAGACUCCGAAGUGGAAGAGUUCUCGGGCAGAGCCUCGGGCAGAUUUGGGGGUUUGGGGCGAGUCUAGUUAAGAAAGCUUUUCUUCUACACAUGCAGCUAUGCAAUAAAAUACUGAGGCUGACCAAGAAGCCCCAUAGCCCACGAAAGAGACCAGAAGAAAGAGGCUGCCCUAUCCAGGAGUCCCAGGGGGGCGCAGUCGGGGCUCAGUAGUUUCAUGGAGACCCAUGCUCCCCAGAUACAGAGUUUAGAGUCUUCAGGUUCGAUGCCCUACGGAGACCCGCAGCUAGCCGAGGAGGACCCAGUUCCAAGGACCCUUCGACUGGGAGGGAGCGGCGGCGGAAGCGGCCACAAUUGCCCGGACGCUCUGACUCAGAGUCCCCCCUCUUCUCCAAAUGGCAGCCCCCAGCUCCCGGAAAGAGAUGCCAGCCUCUUGGAGCGUGAGCUGCUGGAUGCCCGCCGCUGCUUCCGCGCCCGUUCCUUCUCCCUGCCCCCGGGUCCCAUCCUGGAAGCAGCCAAGUUACUGCAGCAGCAGCAGCAACAACAGCAGCAGCAGCAGAGGCUUCAGCCUCAGCCUGGGGAUCCCGGAGCUGAGUGGGGCACAACAGCCCAAGAGGAGGAGCUGCUGAGCCCGAGCGCCUGUUGCACCAAGUGCAAGAAGCGGGUGCAGUUUGCCGAUUCGCUGGGGCUCAGCCUGGCCAGCGUGAAGCACUUCAGCGCGGCCGAAGAGCCUCAGGUGCCCCCAGCCGUGUUCUCCCGCCUCAAGAGCUUUCCCAUGCGGGAGCGGGACCUGGAGCAGAUAGGGGACCUGCUGGCCGCGGCAUUCUCCCCGCUCCUGCUGGAGGGCAGCAGCCCUAGUCCGGACUCGGCCCAAUCGCUGCCCCGCCUGCGGCCUCUCUUCCAGCUGCCGGGGCCAGGCGGAGCUGCUUCUGAGCUUCUCCAUUUACAGCGGGUGUGCCUGGAGCAGAUAGACUGCGGCGCGCCACUCUCCCUCGAGGUGAAGGGCUCCGGCCGGGUGCUGCGCUGCGCAGGGCCCCGCGAGGUGACCGUGCGCUACACCUUCACCGAAUGGCGCUCCUUCUUGGACGUGCCCGCCAAGCUGCAGUCCAGCCAGUCAGCCCAACUAGACGCGCAGGGACAAGAAGAGCAGCCCGGGCGAGCUCUCCUAGACCUAAGGCCCAGGAGCUCCGAGGACCGGGCUGGGGAACCCGGCGAACUGGACACCGAGCGCUUCCAUUUUUCACUGUGUUUGCCUCCGGGACUGCUACGAGAGAACACCGAGGAGGGGAAUCCAGGCUUCGAAGUCCACUUCGCAGUCUGUUAUCGUUGUGCGCAGGGCGAGUUCUGGGACAACAACGCUGGGGCCAACUACACCCUGAGGUGCCGUCCGGGUCUCUGCCAGUUGCAGCAUCCAGUGCAGGUGCCUUCUGAGGGCAGCCUAGAGGGCACUUAAUGAACCGAUGAUCUCCACUUCCC